AUGGCAUCAGUCGUGAAGCUUGACUUUGCCCGGUUCACUCACGGAAGUGAUCAGGAUAAAAAAAGAUUCGGACAAGAACUGGUUAAAGCUCUCAACAAGUCCGGUUUUGUCAAACUUUCCAACCAUGGCCUGUCCGACCAGGAGGUUGAAGAUAUCAUGCAGGUAUCACGCCACUUCUUUCACCUGCCGCGGUCAGUAAAAGCGAGGAUAGAAGUUCCCCCUGGCCCAAACCCUCAGCGCGGAUGGAGCGGACCUGGUUCAGGGGAGUAUGUUGCCGGAAGUAGGAAAGAAAACCAUGAGGGUAUGGAUCUAAAUCAACUCAUGGACGCGAGAGAACAUUUUGACGCCGGACCAAAGGAUGAUACCCAGUUCCCAAACAGAUGGCCGUCUGAUGAAGAAGCUCCCGGGUUCCGGGAAAAGGCCACCAAGCACUACGAAACCUGCAGAAGUGUUGCACUCCAAAUUUUGGAAGCCAUCGAAGUCGGCUUAGAUCUACCUGGCAUUUUUGUCGAGAGAUGCACGAAAGACGCCAGCGAGAUUUGCAUCAAUGUGUACCCAGAAAUUAAAGCUGAAAAGAUCGACGAGUGCACCAAGCGCAUCUGGCCACACACCGACUACGGGGUCAUAACCCUGCUAUUCCAAGACCGAGUCGGUGGGCUGGAACUGGAAGAUCAAGACAGGCCCGGGACCUUCUUACCGGUUACACCUACAAACGCCGGCGAACCCAUUGAGAUGAUUGUUAACGCGGCAGACUGCUUUGAGCGGUGGACCAACGGGUUUAUAAAAGCUGGUUUGCACCGCGUCACUGUUCCUGUCGACACGGUUGAGAAAAAUGGCUCCAUAUCCGAGAGGUGCUCAAUUGCGUUUUUCUUAAAGGCCAGUCGGGACGCGAUGGUUGGACCGCUUCCUCCAUUCGUGUCCGAAAAAAACCCGGCCAGGUUUCAGGACAUGACUGCGCUGCAGUUCCAGCAACUACGUAACUCGUCACUCUACAAGAUUUAA